CGCAGACUAUAAAACACAGGGCACAAUGGUUCACCGGCUAUCUACAUCUAUCAGGUCGUUAAAGCAGCCGGCGGCGUCGCAGACCUUCACCGCAGCAUUAGGACGUUCGAGUCGGCUCUGAAGAAGCGGGAGAAACCGGACGAGGCGGCCACGCGCGCAGUUUAAUCGCCUUUUAGCCAGUUUAGCUAAACGUAAACAAACAGCUGUGGUGCGUUCAGGGACACAGGUAGGCAGACAUGGCAGUCAAAAAGUCCAGAGUGGCCGUGGGCUUCAUCGUGGCGGGGGUCCUGGCCGUCACCUUCGGGAUCGUGAUGAUUUUUGUGGGACCUAUAAUUAUCGAUGACCAGAUCGUGAAGAACACGGUGAUCGACCCCAGCAACGACCUGUCCUACACCAUGUGGAAGGACCUGCCCGUCCCCUUCUUCAUGUCCGUCUACUUCUUCAACGUCCUGAACCCCCAGGAGAUCCUGAACGGGGAGAAGCCCAUGGUGGAGCAGCGAGGACCUUACGUGUACAGAAAGCAAGCCAGGAAGCAGAACAUCACGUUCCACGAUAACGGCACCGUGUCGUACCUGGAGUACCGGCGGUACUUCUUCGAACCCUCCAUGUCCGUGGGCAGCGAGGAGGACGUCGUCACCAUCCCCAACAUGCUGGUCCUGGGGGCGUCGGUGAUGAUGGAGAACCUUCCGUUCGCCGUGCGGCUGCUCAUCAGCUCCACCUUCAAGACCUUCAAAGAGGGGCCCUUCCUCACCAAGAAGGUGGGGGAGCUGAUGUGGGGCUACGACAGCGGCCUGGUGGAAUUCCUCAAUAAAUACCUGCCCGGCAUGCUGCCCUCUUCGGGGAAGUUCGGACUCUUCACCGAGUUCAAUAACUCCAACACGGGGCUGUUCACCAUCCACACCGGCAAGGACGACAUCAGGAAGGUGCACCAGGUGGACUCCUGGAACGGCCUGAAGGAGCUCAGCUACUGGAAGACGCCCCAGGCCAACAUGAUCAACGGCACGGCUGGCCAGAUGUGGCCUCCUUUCAUGACCAAAGAGACCACCUUGCCCUUCUACAGCCCGGACGCCUGCAGGUCCCUUGAGCUGGUGUACGAGCGGCCGGGCGUGAUGGAGGGCAUCCCGCUGUAUCGCUACGUCGCGCCCAAGACCAUGUUCGCCAACGGGUCGACCUACGCCCCCAACGAGGGCUUCUGCCCCUGCAGGCAGUCCGGCCUGCUCAACGUCAGCACCUGCCGCUACAACUCUCCUGUCUUCAUCUCUCAUCCUCACUUCUUCAACGCCGAUCCGGUGCUGCUGGACUUCGUUCAGGGUCUCAAUCCCACUGAGGAGCAGCAUGGCCUCUUCAUCGACAUCCACCCGGAAACGGGCGUCCCGCUGAACGUGUCCAUCCGGCUGCAGCUCAACCUGUACAUGAAGCGGGUGUCGGGGAUCACGGAAACCGGGAAGAUCUCCGAGGUGGUGAUGCCCAUGCUGUGGUUCGAGGAGCGUGGCUACAUCGACGGGCCCAUCCUGUCCACCUUCUACACCAGCCUGGUGGUGCUGCCCACCGUCAUGGAGGUCCUGCAGUACAGCUUCAUCGCGCUGGGCCUGGCCACCAUCGUCGUGGCCGUCGUGGUUUACCGCCGGCUGAAGGCGAGCGGGACGGCGGCGCUGAGCAACGCAGAGGCCUUCAGUAACGAGCCGGUAAAACACAACUUUGAAACGCAGGAGAAAAGUAUCAUGGGUAAUCCAGAAAAAUAAUGUCGCUGGCGGCGCCGCACCAAAUCGAAACUCAAGCACUUGGGCUGAGGAGGACGACAAUGACGAGGAGGACCCUCUACUACGAGACACGAACUGACACACACACACACACACACACACACACACACACACACACACACACACACACACACACACACACACACACACACACACACACUGGACUGGAUGACGACCGACUCCUUCCUGCUCCAUUGAACUGAAACACUGUAAAGUUGAUGAAGCUCGCAGCCAAAGACUCUUCUCCAUUUAUUAUUAUUAUUUUUUUUUUUGUCAGUUUUGUUUCUUCUUCUACGUGUUUUUUGCGGAGGCCGUUUCUCCAGUGACGACUGAAAACCUCUUGUUUGGUAUGAGGAGCCCCAGAAAAGCCUCGCCGUCUUCCUGAAUGUACUGUGACCGACCGGGCAGCAGCCUCGAGCCUCUGACUGCCGCCUGGACAGUGCCUCACCACCAACGUGCCUUGGCCUCCGGGGCAGGGGGCCGCUUCUGACCACUCGCUCAUAGUUUUAUAUCAUUAAACUCCAGGAAGAACCGAGUCGAGCGGACGCUGCCCCCUCCCCCUGCCUCCCUCGAUUCCUGUAUUUGUUGUUUGUAAACUACUGUCUCUGUAAAGUGUGGAUGUUUGUUGAAAUGUGUGUGAAGGAUGCUGAGCACCUCCUGAAGA